CGGACCGGCUGACGGACGGACGGACAGGCAGACAGACCGACAGACAGACAGUCAGUCAGUCAGUCAGUCCGCCGUCGCCGCCUUGGGAUCCGUCCUCCCGAGGCCUGCCCGGCCUUCCUGCUGCGGCCUCGGGCCCAGCCCCGCCUCCCCUCCAUCUCCCUUCCCUCCUCCUUCUCCUCCUCGGCCCGAGCCCCCAGCGCCCGCAGGAAAGGAAACCGAAAGCGGAGCGGAUUGACGGCCAGGCCCGGCCGGACCCCAACCAAAAAUCACCUGCGCAUCAGGGAGCUCCAGUGACUCUCAGGAAUGGAUGGAAGGCCACUUGGGAUUGAUGUCCCACCCAGGCAGCCGAAUCAGAGAGGCCAGAUGGAUGGAGGAAUUCCCCAGAGGGGAAGAAACUGGGCCCACAACCCACAGGCCCGUGCUCCCAGAGGAGCAGAUCAGCCCAGAAGGGAUCCCAGAGCUAACAAUAACCUUGUCCCUCGCUGGCAAAGGGAAGAGCGUUUUGGGGCUAUGGGGAGGAAUCCCCACCAGGGGAGGAGAAACCAGGGUGGCCAGGCCAACGGUGAAGCCAGAGGGCAGAGGAACUAUCCGGAGCACGAGGCCAGAAGGAGAAACGAGAAUUGGGAUGGGAGGGAGCGAAGGCCCCCGCCCGCCGGGCACCUCCAUUUUCAGCAGGAUCCCCCUCAGCACUGGAGUCCGCGGCCCGAGGCCGGCGAACCGCCUCAGCAAGUGAGACGGAUCGGCUACAAAUUCCUGGAAGGCCUCCUUCAGAAGGACCCCUCCGAGGUGGUCAUCACGCUGGCCUCCAGCUUGGGGCUGAAGGAGCUGUUGUCCCAGGCCUCCCUGAAACCCAACUUCCUGACGCUCCUGCUCCAGGUGUUUCGGAAGGCCUGCAGCUCCAAGAUGGACAGACAGAGCGUCCUCCACCUCCUGGGCUUGGUGAAGAACUCCAACUUCCUCAGGGUGUGCCUGCCGCAGUACGUGGCCGGCAUGAUCACCGAGCCCAGCCCCGCCGUGCGCCACCAGUACCCGGAGCACAUCGGCAACAUCAUCUCCCUGCUCCAGGACCUGGUCAGCGUCUACCCGGCCAGCUCCGUGCAGGAGACCUCCAUGUUGAUCUCCAUCUUGCCGGCCUCCCUCAACGCCCUGCGAGCUUCCGGGGUGGACAUCGAGGAGGAGGCGGAGAAGAACCUGGAGAAAAUCCAAACCAUCCUGGAGCAUUUGCAGGAGAGGAAGCGGGAGGGCACGCUGAAAGUGGACACCUACACGCUCGUGCACCCUCAGGGGGACGGUCAGGAGGAAAGCUACCGCACGAUGACAAUCUACCCUUCGUACAACGAAGUGCACCUGGAUGAAAAACCCUUUCUCCGCCCCAACAUCAUCGUGGGCAGGUACGAGAGCACCGGCGUCUACUUGGACACUCAUUUCCGGCUCCUGCGAGAAGACUUCGUCCGGCCCCUGAGGGAAGGAAUUCUGGAACUGCUCCAGAGCUUCGAGGACCAGGGCCUGAGGAAGAGGAAGUUUGACGACAUCCGAAUCUACUUCGACACGAGGAUCGUCACGCCCCUGUGCUCCUCUUCCGGCAUCGUGUACAAGGUGCAGUUUGACACCAAGCCCCUGAAGUUCAUCCGCUGGCAGAAUUCCAAGCGUUUGCUGUACGGUUCCCUGGUCUGCAUGUCCAAGGACAACUUCGAGACCUUUCUCUUUGCCACCGUGUCGAACCGGGACCCCGAAGACCUCUGCAACGGGAUCGUGCAGCUGUGCUUCAACGAGCAGAGCCAGCCGCUCCUCGCCGACGUCCAGCCCUCGGACUCCUUCCUCAUGGUGGAGACCACGGCGUACUUUGAGGCCUACAGGCACGUCCUGGAGGGCCUGCAGGAGAUUCAGGAGGAGGACGUCCCCUUUCAGAAGAAUAUCGUGGAGUGCAGAACUGACGUGAGGGCGCCCCAGUACCUGCUAAUGGGGGGCAGAUACGACCUGACUCCCCUGUUGGAUAAUCCUCCUACCGACGGGGAAUCCCCGAGGUACACCGAGGAGGUGACGGGACCCAAAAUUAAUAUCCUAGACCCCGCUCAGUGGCCCUCCAGAGAAGCCCUGAAGUUAGAUGAGUCCCAGAUGGAGGCCCUACAGUUCGCGCUCACUCGGGAACUGGCUAUCAUUCAGGGACCUCCGGGGACAGGGAAGACCUACGUGGGGCUGAAGAUUGUCCAGGCCCUUCUGACUAACGAGCACGUGUGGCAGAUCAACGUCCAGAAGUUCCCCAUCCUGGUGGUCUGUUACACCAACCACGCCCUCGACCAGUUCCUGGAAGGAAUAUACAAGUGUCAGAAAAGCAGCAUCGUGCGGGUAGGCGGAAGGAGCAGCAGUGAGAUCCUGAAGCAGUUUACCCUGAGAGAGCUGAGGAACAAGCGAGAAUUUCGCCGAAAUCUCCCCAUGCACCUCCGCAGGGCCUACAUGAACAUCAUGACCCAGAUGAAGCAGUCUGAGCAGGAGCUCCGCAAGGGGUCCCAGCAUUUGGAGUGUGCCACCAGCGGAGUCCUGCACGAGAGGCAUCUGGAGAAAUACAUCGCCCCCCACCACUGGAACAGCCUCAUGAAUGGACCGGAUAUCGAGUGGUUUUACUGUCGGGGUUAUAAACAGUCAAUGAUCCUGGAAUGGCUGGGCCUGGGUUUCACUGCUUUCACUCAAAGCGCGGCCCCGUCUUCACCAGCAGGUGCUGAGAAUGCAGCUCAACCAGAAAAGGAAGAAGAGGAGGACGGUGAGGAGGAGGAAGCACUGAUCGAGAUUCCGGAGGAGGCUGACCUGAUUCAAGCCGACCGGGUGAUCGAGGACGAGGAGGAGACCAUCAGACCUCGGCACAGGAGGAAGGAGGAGGAUGGGGCCGUGCAGGAGCUGGCGAAAGCCCUGUUGGCCAUGAGACUGGACAACCUGGGCUCUGGAGCGGCUGAGCCGUCGGGGCAGGGGGCUGGAGAAUGGGAGACUCAGCGCACUGAAAAGAAGAAAAUGAAACGGAAAGUGAAGCUGGAACUCCGCAAGCUGAACACAAUGACUGAGGCGGAGGCCAAGGAAAUCCAGGAUUUGUGGCAGCUCGAUCUCAAUUCCCGCUGGCGACUCUAUAGGCUUUGGCUGCAGAUGUACCAAGGAGAUAUCCGCCGGAAGGUCCUGAGCCACGAACAACAGUAUCAGGCCUCGGCAGAAAGGCUGGCGGAGCUGAGGUUACAGGAAGAUCUCUACAUCCUGAAGGACGCCCAGGUCGUCGGGAUGACAACCACAGGUGCUGCGAAGUACCGCCAGAUCCUGCAGAAGGUGGAGCCCCGCAUCGUCAUCGUGGAGGAGGCGGCAGAGGUGCUCGAGUCGCACACCAUCACCACCCUCAGCAAAGCCUGCCAGCAUCUCAUCCUCAUCGGGGAUCACCAGCAGCUCCGCCCCAGUGCCAACGUCUACGACCUGGCCAAGAACUUCAACCUGGAGGUGUCCCUCUUCGAGCGGCUGGUCAAAGUCGACAUCCCGUUUGUCCGUCUGAAUUACCAGCACCGCAUGCGCCCUGAGAUUGCCCAGCUGCUGACCCCCCACAUCUAUCAGGAUCUGGAGAACCACCCCUCCGUGCUCAAGUAUGAACAGAUUAAGGGGGUGUCGUCUAACCUGUUCUUCGUGGAGCACGAGUUCCCGGAGCAGGAGAUCCAGGAAGGGAAGAGCCACCAGAAUCAGCACGAGGCUCAGUUUGUGGUGGAGCUGUGCAAAUACUUCCUGUGCCAAGAGUACCGCCCUUCCCAGAUCACCAUCCUCACCACCUACACCGGGCAACUCUUCUGCCUGCGGAAGCUCAUGCCGGCCAAGACGUUCGCCGGGGUGAAGGUCCACGUGGUGGACAAAUACCAGGGGGAGGAGAACGACAUCAUCCUGCUGUCGCUGGUGCGCAGCAACAAGGAGGGCAAAGUGGGCUUCCUCCAGAUCUCCAACAGGAUCUGCGUGGCUCUGUCCAGAGCCAAGAAAGGGAUGUACUGCAUCGGGAACACGGCCAUGCUGGCCCGCGUGCCCCUGUGGAGCAGGAUCCUGCACACCCUGCGCGAAAACGGGCAGGUCGGCCGGGCGCUCACGCUGUGCUGCCAGAACCACCCCGACACCCGCACCCGGGUGUCCCGCGCCUCUGACUUCCAGCGGGUCCCCGAAGGGGGCUGCGACCUCCUCUGCGAGUUCCGGCUGGCCUGCGGGCACGUCUGCACCCGGGCCUGCCACCCCUACGACCCCUCCCACGCCGAGUUCCAGUGCAUGAAGCCCUGCCAGAAGGUGCUCUGUGCCGCCGGGCACCGGUGCCAGCUGGUCUGCUUCCAGCCCUGCGGCGCCUGCCAGGUGAAGGUGCCCAAGACCGUCCCCGGCUGCGGCCACCGCCAGCAGGUCCCCUGCUCCGUGCCGGAGGGGGAGUUCAGCUGCCAGGCGCCCUGCCGCCGGCCCCUCGCGUGCGGGCACCCGUGCGGCGGGGCCUGCGGCCAGGAGUGCGACCCGCUGUGCGCGGCGAUGGUCCCCGUGGGCCUGCCGUGCGGGCACAGCCAGGAGGUGAAGUGCGGCCAGGCGGCGGCGGCGGCGGCGGCGGCGGACCCGCCCCGGGGCGGGGCGGUGGAGUGCGCCGCCGAGUGCGCCGCCACCCUGGACUGCGGGCACCCCUGCCCGGGCUCGUGCCACGGCUGCUCCGAGGGCCGGUUCCACGCGCGCUGCGGCCAGCCCUGCCGGCGCCUGCUCAUCUGCUCCCACGAGUGCCAGGAGCCCUGCACGGGCGCCUGCCCGCCCUGCCGCGUCACCUGCCAGAACCGCUGCGUCCACAGCCAGUGCAAGAAGAAGUGCGGGGAGCUGUGCAGCCUGUGCGUGGAGCCCUGCGCCUGGCGCUGCCAGCACUACCAGUGCCGCCGGCUCUGCUCCGAGCCCUGCGACCGGCCCCCCUGCGACCGGCCCUGCGCCCGGCGGCUGGCCUGCGGCCACCCGUGCAUCGGCCUGUGCGGGGAGCCCUGCCCCGCCGCCUGCCGCGUCUGCCAACCGGACGAGGUGGCCCAGAUCUUCUUCGGCUCCGAGGACGAGCCCGACGCCCGCUUCGUGCAGCUGGAGGACUGCAGCCACUUUUUCGAGGUCCGGGCGCUCGACCGCUACAUGAACGAGCCGGGGGACGAGGAGGUGGCCAUCAAGCUCAAGGUCUGCCCCGUCUGCCAGGUGCCCAUCCGCAAGAACCUGCGCUACGGCGCCAGCAUCAAGAGGCGCCUGGAGGAGAUCGAGCGGGUCAAGGAGAAGAUCCAGGGCCCGGCCGGCGAGAUCGCCGCCGGCCGCGGGCGGCUGCGGGCCCUGCUGCAGGGGAAGGACGUCCUCCGCCGGACCUACCCCGGCGAGUACCUGAAGCUGGAGGAGACGCUGCGGCGGCCCGACCUGUCCGUGAAGGCCCUGAGCCUGGCCGAGAACCUCAUCGGCUUCUUGGCGCGCCUGGCCGAGCUGCGCCAAGCCCUGAGCCGGCUGGACGUCCGGGAGCGGGACGGGGUCCGGCGGCGGCUGGCCCAGGUCCAGGAGUGGCUGGACAGGGAGCGGCUGAGCUUCUCCGGCCAGGAGCUGGCCGACCUGCAGGGCGAGGUGCAGAGGCUCACCUACCUCGUGAGCGUCCUGGCCCGCUGCAGGCUGGCAGGGGCGGCGCUGAGCGGGGCCCCGGCCCGGGAGGUGGCCGCCGUGCGGCUGAUCCUCGAGGGCACCCGCAGGUUCGGCCCCGACGACGAGCGCCUGGUGCGGGAGAAGCUGGAGGCCCUCGAGGAGGCCCUGCCCCGCUCCGGCCUGGGCGUCUCGGAGACGGAACGGGUGGAGAUCGUGGCCGCCAUGGGCUACCCGCGGGGCCACUGGUUCAAGUGCCCCAACGGCCACAUCUACGUGAUCGGCGACUGCGGCGGGGCCAUGGAGCGGGGCACGUGCCCCGAGUGCCACGCCGUGAUCGGGGGGCAGAACCACACCCUGGUGGAGACCAACCAGCUGGCGUCCGAGAUGGACGGGGCCCGGCACGCCGCCUGGUCCGAGGCCGCCAACAACAUGUUCAACUUCGAGGAGUUCCAGAGGCCCCGCUAGAGCGGAGCCCGCCGGCCCGGAGGGGCGGGGGGGACUCGUCCUCGGCGGGCUCCGCGCCCUGCCUGCUGAUCCGUGUUAGGACU